CGGGGGGCAGGCCGCCGGGCCGCUGUUUGUUGUCAUCCCAAGAUGGAGUUUCUGCUGGGGAACCCCUUCAGCACCCCGGUGGGGCAGAGCCUCGAAAAGGCCACAGAUGGGUCUCUGCAGAGUGAAGACUGGACGCUGAACAUGGAGAUCUGUGACAUUAUCAACGAGACAGAAGAAGGCCCCAAGGAUGCCAUUCGAGCACUGAAGAAGAGGCUGAAUGGAAACAAAAACUACAGAGAGGUCAUGCUGGCGCUGACGGUGUUGGAGACCUGUGUGAAGAACUGUGGCCAUCGCUUUCAUGUCUUGGUGGCAAACCGCGACUUCAUCGACGGUGUUCUGGUGAAAAUCAUCUCGCCCAAGAAUAACCCCCCCACUAUUGUCCAGGAUAAAGUAUUGGCCCUGAUUCAGGCUUGGGCUGAUGCCUUUCGAAGUAGCCCUGAUUUAACUGGAGUAGUGCACAUUUAUGAAGAACUCAAGAGGAAAGGCAUUGAGUUUCCCAUGGCAGAUCUUGAUGCUCUGUCUCCAAUACACACACCACAGAGGAGUGUUCCUGAAGUUGAUCCUGCAGCAAAUAUGCACAAUUCCCAGCCUCAGCAAAGGAUGAGCACCAGUUCUUAUUCGUCAUCUUCUCCGACAGCGUAUUCUCCUCAGGCCCCGGCUUUGAAUGUGACUGGUCCCAUCACUGCUAAUUCUGAACAGAUUGCCCGGCUGCGCAGCGAGCUGGAUAUCGUCCGUGGGAACACAAAAGUCAUGUCAGAAAUGCUGACAGAAAUGGUACCUGGACAAGAGGAUUCCUCAGACCUUGAGUUACUCCAGGAACUGAACCGGACCUGUAGAGCUAUGCAGCAGAGAAUUGUGGAGCUUAUCUCACGAGUGUCCAAUGAGGAAGUCACAGAGGAGCUGCUGCAUGUGAAUGAUGAUUUAAAUAAUGUCUUUCUCCGAUAUGAAAGAUUUGAGCGAUACAGAUCGGGACGUUCAACACAAAAUGCCAGCAAUGGAGUACUGAAUGAGGUGACAGAAGAUAACUUAAUAGAUCUGGGUCCUGGCUCUCCAGCUGUAGUGAGCCCAAUGGUUGGAAACUCAGCCCCCCCGUCCUCACUUUCUUCCCAGCUUGCAGGGCUUGACUUGGGUACAAACAGCGUCAGCGGCACGCUCAGCUCCCUCCAGCACUCGAAUCCUCGUGAUGACUUCGACAUGUUUGCGCAGACAAGAGGCAGUUCCUUGGCUGAGCAGCGAAAGAACGUGACAUAUGAGGAUCCACAGGCUGUCAAAGGACUAGCGUCUGCCCUGGAUGUUCGAAAACAGAACACAGGAGGGAGGAGAGGUAAAGGUGGGAACUCAGACAUGGAGCCCAUAGACAAGUGGCUAAUUACACAAGGAAUGAUCCCUGUUGCACAGUCCUCUGUCAUGGAUGACAUUGAGGAGUGGCUCAGUACCGACUUGAAAGGAAACGAACCAGAAGAAGGAGUGACCAGUGAAGAGUUUGACAAAUUUCUAGAAGAGCGAGCCAAAGCGGCGGAGAUGGUUCCCAACCUGCCCUCCCCUCCCCAGGAAACCCCCACCCCUCCAGCAAAUCCUUCCAGCAGGAAAAAGCAGGAGCGCUCGGAGGACGCCCUCUUUGCACUGUGAAGAUCACCCUCUGCCAGCCUCCCACCCCUGUGCUCUGCAGGCGAAUGUCCCUGUACGGCCACUCUGUCCUCCCACAAUAACAACGACCUCCUUCCUCCUGAUUUCAUAGAUGGCUUCUCUUUCCCCCUCCCUUCCCUCCCCAAACAACCCACCCCCACGAGCUGACUCUUUCUAUUUAAGUCCAACACUAUUCCUGCCAGACCACGAUUCUCCAGCACUCGCUUAAUCCCCUCCUUCCUAUCCCAGCUGCACAAAACCAGCUCUUGAUGCUGAAAACCCCUUUAGAAUGCAUGAGUACGUCACACUGGGUUGAAACAAAAGCCCAGAGGGGAGAGAGCAGCCUUGUCCUUCAAUUUAUGUAGGGAUCAUCCUCUUCUGUAGGCAGGUCCUGCCAAGUAGACUGCUCUGUCGAUCAGCAUGUAAUUGACUGAGCUGGAAUGUUCAGGAGGAGUGUGUCUUUAUUUUUAGAUAAAAUGGUAAUGGAUUGGCUUUCGUGUCGGAUUCGACAGCAAGGAACAACUGUUCCCCCUUUCAACAUGUGCUUCACAAGUUAAAAUCCUUUACUCUCCCACUCACACAUCUCUUGGUACCAUAUGGUGGUCGCUUUUCCCCACUUUGUGUGGCGCUUCAUAUUCUGAAUCUCGCAGGGUGUAUUUUUUUCCCCUUGUGUUUUAUCUGGGCUUGCUCUAAUUUAAAGGCAGGCUGUUGGCCAUGUCCGCUAGCUCUGGCAGUGGGUGAGAAUGCGAAACACAGCUAAAGGGAUGCUGUAAGGUUGGUGCUUGAAGCAUUUUGCUCUUUGGGAGAGCAUUCUCGCAUGAGGGCUUUUUCCUCCUGUGUUUGCCUUUUAAAAUAGCUGGGUUGUUUUUUUUCCUUACCUUAGAUUCCUCCUGAAGUGACUAUAGAACUGUCUCAGCUGCUGUAAAUAACAUCCAUGCAGAUGGAUGGGACUUGUUUGUGGACUGGGUGUGAACUGAGAGAGGUUCCUGGAUUCCCUGCCAUGCCUGCUAGGAUAGACAUGCUGGGUCUUGGUGGUAGGUAUGAGAAGAAGAGACAAACCUCAUAGAAGCUUGUAUGAAAAUGCUGAGGGAGAUGGUUACCAUGGAGGGAUUGGCCAUGCCUGCUUGUGCUGGAGGUGAAGCUCCUCAUCUCCUUCUAGGUUUGGGCCUGAGAAAGUGUUGGAUGAUUGUGGCCGUGUUGCUUGUAAUUUUUGGGGCGUCCUUUGAUACCUCUGCCCCUUUAUUAACUCCCAGCUCCUGUGGGGCUGCAGUCUUCCUCCUCCUUGUGCAAACAAGCGUCUUCCCUUGCUUUGCCAGAAGCAUGGCUGAGAGUGCUGCUCUUCCCAGAGCUGCCAGAAGGGAUUCCAGCAUGGAUGCCUGCCUUGCGGGGCUGACAAGCAGAGCUGGAGCAGGCAGCUCCAGCCAUCGCUGCAUCCCCCAGCAUGUUCCUUGGUAGGAAGCCAGUGGGGCAGGAAGGCAGGAUCAAAGGGAGGGCUGAACACGGCAUGGCAGGGAGAACCUCCUGUCCUGACAGAGAGGCACUUUAUCAGAUGAACACUUGUGCAGGCAGCAGUGCUCCAGCCUCCUCUUCCUCAGGGCAUUCAUCGUUUUAGGCAACCAGCCACUUUGUUCAGGCUCAGCAUGUCUGAGCUUCCCGGGAUGCUGGUGUGUGCUGAGCUCUCUCGGAAGUUAUUCCGCACCAAGAAGCUGUGCUAUAAACAGCUGAGGUGAACGUGAUAGAAGCUUUUAUCAGAGCAUAGUUAUUUCAGCUCAUAUUCUCUAGGGUACACCACGCUUUGGUGGGCUGUGACACAUAAAACCUCUUACCCAAGGGCCUGGCUGCAGCACUGAUGGUCUGUGAGGGGUCACAUUAAUCUUUGGUGGGAAGUGUUUGGUGCAGGAUUGCCAGGUUGUCCCAGCUCAGAUGUCGCUCUGUGCUGUCCCUGCUUGUCUCUCCUCUCUCCUGCAUCCUCUUCCAGGAUCCCUCUGUAUGUAGCCACCCCGCAGCACUAACUUGUCCCUCUUUACUGCUCCAUAACUCUCUGUGCAGAACAUAGUAUGGCAAAAAUCACCGUGAGGAUAGAGAUAGCUUGGGGCUCAAGCUGCCUCUUCUCCCCACUUGCUGCCCCUCUCCCUUCUAUGGGGGUCUGCAGAGGGUUUCUCUCUAUUUCAUCCUCUCCAUGGCUAAUGGAAAGCACCAGGACUGUCUGCCUUGGUUGCACCUAUGUGCUGCUGUGUGACUGCCCUUGCUGCGUGACUGCCCUUGCUGUGUAACACAAGCUGAGCCCAACGCUCAGACACUGGCUGCCAGCCACCCCGCUGCCAGCUCCUGCCUUGCUGUGACAUGUCAGUUGUGGCCACAAACUUCUGUUGUGAUGCUGCUCUGAUUUCAGACGGUGUCUGGUGAUCGCCCGAGCAGCGUUACCAGCACAGGAUGAACUGUUGGUGUUCCUGUCGAUGCAAAAAGCUCUGUGGGCGUUUGAAGUGUGUAUUUUCUCUCCUAAAUCCUUGAAACACAUUGACCCUGUAAAUGGCCACAUCAGGUGAUUCUAAGCAUGUUAAUCCAGCUUCCCUGCCAAGCCGGAGGAGAUAAUCGCAUUGCUCAGGCUUGGGGAUGUUGUCAGAUGAUGCUGAGUGGCAGGGAUGUCACCAGGGCUGUCACCGAGCCCCCUGCAGAGCCCCACUGCUGAGGAUUUGCUGGCCCUGCUGCCUGCACCCCUAAGCAGAAGGGGAUGGGGAGCUGUGUGCUGUUAAUGCUGCUGCUUGCUGUCACGCUAAACCUGAACUGGGAUUUUGAGUUGUUGUUCUAGAGAGGUUCUGGUCCCUUUCUGAGCUUGCAGAGCUGUCAGUGCCUGCUCCCUCCCACUGGGGUGGAAAAGAGGUGAGCUAAAAGCUGGGGCUGAGGGGACAUACGGAGCACGUGUUGGUACAGUGCUUGCACCCUCAGGUUCUCCGUGGUCCCCACUGGUGCCCCACAUUAUCCAUAGGGAAACAGGGCACUGCUUGCAGGGGGUGGUCGGGACAAGCAGUGGCUUUGCUGGAAGCGGGGCAGCCCUCAGGAGAUGCCUGCCUUGGGAGGUGUGUGCUCAGCCUGGGGCAACCUGAACAUCCUUUCAGUGGGACCCGGGAUGGGUCUGGUAAAAGCACAGCCUUGCCCUGGGUUAUAUUUGGAGCCUGGAUCCACCAGAGCUGGCUCACAGGGGGCUGAGCACAUCAGGGCUGGAAGCACCUGAAGGCUGGAAGGGGCCAGAGCGUGCAGCAGAAUGGAUAGUUGAGCCCAAACCUUCUUUAACAAACACAAGAGCUACGCUAGAGCUUCCCUAAUGUCCUGUAUCAGGAUCUCUCAUCUUCCCCGUCCUCUUGUGGUCUGCAGAAAACCUGAGCGGUGGAAACUGUGUGAGGAAAAGGGAAGGGGGUUUUCACUUCAGAAGACCAACCUCUUGAUUUCUUCUUCCUUUUGCUUUCACUCCAAGUGCUUCCUCUGUGCAAGUGGGCAGAGGACUCGGGUGGCUCCGAUGCUUAUGAGAAGAGGGAUGGAGCCACAGCCUGAUCCACUUCCCAUAAGAAAUAACGUCCCAGCGCUUUCUAGGCACAUUAGGAAUCACAGCUUGACACUCAGUGACACUAAAUUAUUAUUGGGGUCCUCUGUAAGUUCUAAUCAUACCUUCUUCUAGGUCCACAUAUUUAUUUUUGUCAAUAUAUUUUCUUCUCCAGUGUGGUUUUUAACCUCUUCUGUUAACCCUUCAUGUGCUGAGAUGUAAGAAAUCAAUGGUUUCUAUUUAAAUAUAGACUUUUGGGGGUUUUUUUUUAAUUGUUAUGUGUAGAUUUCAGCUGCAUCCUUGGCAGGUGUAAUAGAUAACCAUGUGCUGUACAGAUGUUUAGGGUGUUUAGCGUGUAGGUAAGGCUCAUAGGAGAACUCAUAAAAACGUAGCACGGUGUCUCUUCAAGGGAACAGCAUUAAUGCAGAGACUGGUCCUUAACUGGGACCCUCUGGUAGCCUCCAACAUACCUUUCCCCUUCUGAUGAUCACAACCUCCAUCUCUGAACCAUGCUGAUCAAGUCAGCUCUGCCUUUUCCAGGGCUGUUCUCCCACCUCUGAGCUGAGGAAGGAUUUUAAGUGGUGGUUUCCAUUCGUUUGCCUUCCUUUGGCUUCUCUUUCAUGGGAUACAAAUGGUUGGUUCCACUUUUAAAUGGAGGACUCAGCAGAGCUGGCUGCGGUGGCGAGAUGUUUCCCUCCAGUGGUGGAAGAACAGAGCCGGGCCGUGGUUUCAGACCCGAGGCAGGGGUGAUGGUCCCCAUAAGCAAGCUGUUAUGGAGCUGGGCCCCAGCCAAUGCAGCCUGUUCCUCUCUAUUCAGUGCUCUCCUGCUUUCCCCCAUGAGGCCAGGACAUGCAGACCAGGAGAGCAAACACAGCAGCAUCUCCAACAGUCUUGUUCAGCCGGUGAGUUGUCAGCUUGUGGCUGCUGGGAGCCCAGUGGAGUGGGAACUGCUCGUGCUAUCUCCAUCUAGCUCAGUCACUGUUUACCUCCUCAGCGCUAACCACAAGCCUUGAGGAGCCCACCCUGGAAAAAUCCAGCUCAGGACAGUUAUUUUUAUGGAAAUAAUGAAGCAGGCAAACAGUGAGUGGAUUUAUAGCUGCCUUGGAGGUAACCCUUCAGCUGCUGGUGGCACCCAGCCCAGCAACAGCAGAGGAGAGGAGGUAGGAACCCCCUUACCAGGCACCCAGAGGUGUUGCGGGUGCCCAUCCACUCAUCCUGCAUGCCCCAGGCAUUGGCAGCAGGUUGCUGCUCCAUCCUGAGGUUGGGUUUCGAGUGGUGCUGGUUCUCUUUAGCCCAUGGCAAACCUACAGCAAACUUCCCACCCUGCUCUUGUGUUUUUAUGAGUACGAGCUCCUCAUUCUGUACAUGGUAUCAUGAGCUGUCGUUAACCCUACAAAUGUAACCUGUGUCAUAGCUUCUCUGUAUAUUACAGCUGUAGGCUUUCCAGAUAAAAGUGGAUAAUAUUUAUUUACUGAAGAUACUGGAUAUUUUUUUGUUUGGGAAUGGGGUAGGGGGGGACGUAACUGUUUAAAGAGAUUGUAAAGAGAAACAAAAGACAAACCCAACACUAAAACGUUGCUGUAUUCAUGUAGCAAGUGUUGACGUUAAGGACAAUACAACUGUAUUAAUCUGCCAUUGUUUAACUUGCUCCAGAAAUCAUCUCUACUUUGGUUCCUGCAUGUGAGCUACUCCAAUAAAUACACUACUGGUGUGACUGGGA